CUGCUUAUUUGGAUUGUGGCUUCAUCUGAACGAUUCGACUUCAAUAAUCACCCUAGUCAGCCCCGCGCGAAAAUAUUAGAAAGUAGUGAAGGCAUUUGAAUCACUCGUUCUUGGCACCAUGUUUCGCUCAUUAGCUUCUGCUUCCUCCCAAAUCGUGCAUUCCCUGGCUCCUUUUGGUCAAUCCGCAAGGGCCAUGUCACAUAAGCUUAAAUCCCACUCGGGCGCAAAGAAGAGAUUCAUCCCUACUGGCAGCGGACACUACAAGCGAUGGCAGACAGGUCUUCGUCACUUGAAUUCCACCUUUUCGGCCGAACGAGUGAAUCGUCUGAGCAGAAUGGUGAUUGCCAGCAACUCGCAAAAGAAAAUGCUCCGCAAAGCGCUUCCCUACAGCUGUUAGAAACCAUCCACUUCAACUGUAUAUGCAUAUAGAAACAAACGACCUCUCUACAAGUUGUACCUAUAAAUCGUUCUUCAACCAAUGCCAUUGUUUCGCCUUCAUAUGACUUGGAUCUUUAGCUUAAUAGGGUUUUCUAGACUUCUUGAUACGAACACUUGCUUGGAUAAAGAUCCAUUAUGGACGUAGUGUGAUGUUGCUUCGCAUAUGUGUACGAAAGUUUGUAAAUAUCAAAAUACAAAGCAAUAUUUACUGAGGGAUGACACCGUUACGAGAUCAUUGUCAUGGAAAAGGACCGUGAACCAUUGGCGCGUUUAGAGGACAGUGACCCAGGAACUCAAUAGUGAGAUUGUUCCUUCUUUGUGCUAUUGACUAUUUAGAGUUCGAUCCAUUGUUGGUUGGCUGAGGCGUUCUGG